GGAGACAAGAGCCACAAACAGCGCUGGAGAAGCAGCGAGCCUUCGCGCUGCACUGACAGUCCGCUAUUGCGCUUGUAUUACAGUACCAUUUCUUACUGAGGGACACAGUCGGACAUGGCGGGGUUCAACUAGGGAGAGACCUAAUUCACUUCCCCCAGUUUCUCGUUCGUAACAUUUCGCUCUGUCUGCCCGCGGCUCCUCGUCUGCUCUAUGCAUUGCAGCUGUGCGGAGAAAGAACAGCGCUGAGAGUCUGGGUUGCAAACGAAGGAGAGGCAUAGUCAGUAAUUUAAAAACAGAAUGGCGGACCGUGAUACAAUACCCCUUCCCUUGGAGGUGAGAGCCAGGCUAGCCGAGCUGGAAUUGGAGCUAUCGGAAGGUGACAUCACACAGAAAGGCUACGAGAAAAAGCGGGCGAAGUUGAUCGGGGCCUACCUCCCACAGCCUUCAGGAGCCGAGUCAUCCAUGGCCCACGAACGCAGACCCCCUCUCGCUCCAUCCUCCUCUUCCUCCUCCCGGUACCACCGGCGCCGCUCCUCUGGGUCCCGGGACGAGAGGUACAGAUCAGAUGUGCACACGGAGGCUGUGCAGGCCGCCCUCGCCAAACACAAGGAGCGCAAGAUGGCCGUGCCCAUGCCAUCCAAACGCCGGUCCCUGGUGGUCCAGACAUCCAUGGACGCCUACACCCCUCCAGAUACAUCGUCGGGGUCAGAGGGGGAGGGGCAGGGGGAGGGCACGCCCACCUCCAGCCAGGGCAGCGUCAGCAUGGAGCACUGGAUCACCACCUCCUCCACCACCUCCUCUUCAUCCACCCACAGCGGGGGCAGCGGGGCCGCAAGCCGCCUGGCCGACGUCAUGGCCCACGCCCACAUUGGGCCCAUCGCCCACCUCUCACUGAGGAGGAAAGCAGGGCCCAGUGCUGUAGAGAACGGGAACUCGUUCCGCCGCUCCUGCGAAUUUGGAUCUGAGAUGGCCUGGCGGACGCCCCUGGAGUCGGAGGGUCAGUAUCCCAGAAUGCUGAGCAGCAAGCGCAUCCUCCCCACCCGCCCAUCAGAGAACCAUUCAGCCCCCCCGGACAUCACCACCUACACAGCUGAGUUCCCCCCGCAGGUGGAGAGGCCGCAGGUUUCCACUGUCCCCCGAGUCACACCCAAGUACGGCAACGCCGAGCUCAUGGAGACCGGUGAUGGAGUUCCGGUCAGCAGUCGCGUUUCAGCUAAAAUCCAGCAGCUGGUGAACACCCUGAAACAACCCAAGCGGCCUCCUCUGAGAGAGUUCUUUGUUGAUGAUUUUGAAGAACUCCUGGAAGUCCAGCAGCCAGAUCCUAACCAGCCACGGCCAGAGGGGGCCCAGAUGUUGGCCAUGCGUGGGGAGCAGCUGGGCGUGGUCACCAACUGGCCUCCCUCCCUAGAGGCGGCACUGCAGCGCUGGGGCACCAUCUCCCCCAAAGCCCCUUGCCUGACCACCAUGGACACCAACGGCAAGCCACUCUAUAUCCUGACCUACGGUAAGCUGUGGAGCCGGUGUAUGAAGGUGGCCUACAACAUUCUUCAUAAGCUGGGGACCAAGCUGGAGCCCAUGGUCCGACCUGGAGAUCGGGUUGCCCUGGUAUUCCCCAACAACGACCCUGCAGCAUUUAUGGUAGCGUUCUAUGGCUGCCUGCUGGCGGAGGUCGUUCCCGUGCCGAUUGAAGUUCCGCUGACCCGGAAGGAUGCUGGGAGUCAGCAGAUUGGUUUUCUGCUAGGAAGCUGUGGAGUCACUGUGGCCUUGACCAGCGACGCCUGCCACAAAGGCCUACCCAAGAGCCCCACGGGAGAGAUCCCCCAGUUCAAAGGCUGGCCUAAGCUACUCUGGUUUGUCACGGAAUCCAAGCACUUGUCCAAGACUCCCAGAGACUGGUUCCCACACAUCAAGGACGCCAACAACGACACUGCCUACAUUGAGUAUAAAACCUGUAAGGACGGAAGCGUUCUGGGAGUGACUGUGACGCGCACAGCCCUGCUGACGCACUGCCAGGCCCUUACGCAGUCCUGCGGGUACACAGAAGCUGAGACCAUUGUGAAUGUAUUAGACUUUAAGAAAGAUGUGGGCCUUUGGCAUGGGAUCCUUACGAGCGUCAUGAACAUGAUGCACGUCAUUUGCAUCCCCUACUCCCUCAUGAAGGUCAACCCGCUCUCCUGGAUCCAGAAAGUCUGCCAGUACAAAGCGAAAGUGGCCUGUGUGAAGUCCCGGGACAUGCACUGGGCAUUGGUGGCUCAUCGGGACCAGAGGGACAUCAACCUCUCCUCCCUCCGCAUGCUGGUGGUCGCAGAUGGAUCCAACCCCUGGUCAAUCUCGUCCUGCGACGCCUUCCUUAAUGUCUUCCAGAGCAAAGGCCUGAGAGCAGAGGUCAUCUGCCCCUGCGCCAGCUCUCCAGAAGCCCUGACUGUCGCCAUCCGGAGACCCACAGAUGACAGUAACCAGCCACCAGGUCGGGGGGCGCUGUCCAUGCAGGGCCUGAGUCACGGGGUGAUCCGGGUGGACUCGGAAGAGCGGCUGUCGGUGCUGACGGUGCAGGACGUGGGCACCGUGAUGCCGGGAGCGCUGAUGUGCGUGGUGAGGCCGGACGGUGUCCCGCUGCUCUGCAGGACCGACGAGGUGGGAGAGUUGUGCGUGUGCUCCGUCGCCACGGGGACGUCCUACUACGGGCUCACGGGCAUGACAAAGAACACCUUCGAGGUGUUCCCCAUGAGCAGCUCUGGAGCCCCCAUCAGCGAGUACCCCUUCACGCGGACAGGCCUGCUGGGCUUCGUGGGCCCCGGGGGCCUUGUGUUCAUCGCGGGGAAGAUGGACGGCCUGAUGGUGGUGGGGGGGCGGAGACACAACGCUGAUGACAUUGUGGCCACCGCCCUGGCAGUGGAGCCCAUGAAGUUUGUGUACAGAGGAAGGAUCGCAGUGUUCUCCAUCACGGUGCUCCAUGACGAGCGAAUUGUGGUGGUGGCGGAGCAGCGGCCGGACUCCACUGAGGAGGACAGCUUUCAGUGGAUGAGCCGUGUGUUACAGGCGAUAGACAGCAUCCAUGGGGUGGGUGUGUUCUGCUUGGCUCUGGUCCCUGCCAACACCCUCCCCAAGACCCCUCUGGGGGGCAUCCACCUGUCAGAGACCAAGCAGCUGUUUCUUGAAGGCUCCCUGCACCCCUGCAAUGUCCUCAUGUGCCCCCACACCUGUGUCACCAACCUGCCCAAACCCAGACAGAAACAGCCAGAGAUUGGCCCUGCCUCUGUGAUGGUGGGGAACCUGGUUUCGGGGAAGAGGAUUGCCCAGGCCAGUGGUCGGGAUCUGGGCCAAAUCGAAGACAAUGAUCAGGCAAGAAUGUUCCUCUUCUUGUCAGAGGUUCUGCAGUGGAGGUCCCAGACCACUCCAGACCAUGUCCUGUACACGCUUCUCAGCUCACGGGGGGCGAUAGCCAGCUCGCUGACCUGUCUCCAGCUGCAUAAGCGGGCAGAGAAGAUUGCGGCCAUGCUGGCGGAACGAGGCCAUCUGCAGGACGGAGAUCACGUUGCACUCGUCUACCCCCCAGGAGUGGAUCUGAUCGCAGCGUUCUAUGGCUGCCUGUACGCCGGCUGUGUGCCCAUCACUGUCCGACCGCCACACCCCCAGAACAUCGCCACCACACUGCCCACCGUCAAGAUGAUUGUGGAGGUGAGUCGCUCGGCCUGUGUGAUGACUACGCAGGUCAUCUGUAAGCUGCUGAGGUCAAAGGAAGCGCUGGCCGCUGUGGACAUCAGGACUUGGCCCCCGGUCCUGGACACAGAUGAUUUGCCAAAGAAGAGGCCGACUCAGCUGUACAAGCCGUCCAACCCUGACACUCUAGCCUACCUGGACUUCAGCGUGUCCACCACCGGCAUGCUUGCAGGAGUCAAGAUGUCUCACACCGCCACUAGUGCCUUCUGCCGUUCAAUCAAGCUGCAGUGCGAGCUCUACCCCUCCCGCGAGGUGGCCAUCUGUCUGGACCCCUACUGCGGCCUGGGCUUUGUGCUUUGGUGCCUUUGCAGUGUGUACUCAGGGCACCAGUCCAUCCUGAUCCCACCCUCGGAGCUAGAGGUGAACCCGGCGCUGUGGCUUCUGGCUGUCAGUCAGUACAGGGUGCGGGACACUUUCUGCUCCUACUCGGUCAUGGAGCUCUGCACCAAGGGGCUGGGUCUGCAGACCGAAUCACUCAAGGCCCGAGGCCUGGACUUGUCCCGGGUCAGGACCUGCGUGGUGGUGGCAGAGGAGCGGCCCAGGAUAGCCCUGACCCAGUCUUUCGCCAAACUCUUCAAGGACCUGGGGCUCCAUCCCCGGGCUGUCAGCACCUCCUUUGGCUGCAGGGUCAACCUGGCCAUCUGUUUGCAGCCACACAGGCUUGGGAAACCUCUCGAACAGGGCACAUCUGGACCUGACCCAACCACUGUAUAUGUGGACAUGAGUGCCCUGAGACACGACAGGGUUCGGUUGGUGGAGCGGGGGUCCCCUCACAGUCUACCCCUCAUGGAGUCAGGAAAGAUUUUACCCGGCGUCAGAAUCAUCAUCGCCAACCCUGAAACCAAGGGUCCUCUGGGAGACUCGCACCUGGGAGAGAUCUGGGUCCACAGUGGCCACAACGCCAGUGGCUACUUCACCAUCUAUGGUGACGAGUCACUGCAGUCGGAUCACUUCAACUCGCGACUCAGUUUUGGGGACACCCAGACUAUCUGGGCCCGCACCGGGUACCUGGGCUUCCUCCGGAGGACAGAGCUCACAGAUGCCUGCGGAGAGAGGCACGAUGCCCUUUACGUGGUGGGUGCACUGGAUGAGGCCAUGGAGCUGCGGGGCAUGAGGUACCAUCCAAUCGACAUCGAGACCUCGGUGAUCAGGACCCACAAGAGCAUCACAGAAUGCGCAGUGUUUACUUGGACCAACCUGCUUGUGGUGGUGGUGGAGCUGGACGGCUCGGAGCAGGAAGCCCUGGACCUGGUUCCCUUGGUAACCAAUGUGGUCCUAGAGGAGCACUACCUGAUCGUGGGGGUGGUGGUAGUGGUGGACAUCGGGGUCAUCCCCAUCAACUCGCGCGGGGAGAAGCAGAGGAUGCACUUACGGGAUGGAUUCCUGGCCGACCAGCUCGACCCCAUUUACGUGGCCUAUAACAUGUAGCCCCCCUCCCCCCGUCCCACUUGGCCCCGCCCACCCUCCUAAUGGCCUCUCAAAGGACCGCACUGCACUGUACUGUGUGUAUGUAGAGCAAAAAAAAAAGUCCAAAAUACAGGAUGCACACAGAAAGAAAACGAAAGAAGAACAAGAAAGCUGAGAGAUUACUGCGUGUGUGUGUGUGUGUGUGUGUGCGUGUGUGUGUGUCAGUGCUACUUCGGGAACUGCACCGAUAUUGGCAAGGAGAAUUCACUUUUACCUGAGGUCAGUGGAAGCCGGCCGCUGCUUUCCUUAAUUGCAGGGGCUUGGUUGGAGUCCGCUCUACCACCUGCUUCUCGCUUUGGAAAUGUAUUUUAUAACAAGUGUGGUUCUAUAUUUUCAUCUUUAUGUGUGCUGAAGUUGCUUUGUUUUUUUUUGUUUUGUUUUUAAUAAUCCACCCUCUAAGAGGCCAGGGUAUUUUUUUAUAUUUACAUAACUGUGGCAAAUUGUACUUUACGUUGUUUACUGUUUGCUGUUUUUGUUGGAAUACAAUGUAAGUGAAUCAGCGGCGUAGGGCACCCCUUGCCCUGCGUUCGUAAAAGGCUGAUGGGAGGUACGAAAUACUGAUGGUGGGAGUGUGAGGUUUCUCGGAACCUGUAGCAUGUCAGCUGUGCUGUCACCCAUUACCUAUAUGAACUAAUAGUUCCUUCCCUUCGAAAAAUACUUUUCUUGUAAUCACAAAAGCAGUUGAUAAGUUGCAAAGCCUCCCUUCCCCAUCACUGAAAAAAAUUGAUUGGCUGCCAAUUUAGCUGUUAGUGAUCACUGCUCAUUAGGAAGAGAUGACUCCCUUGAUGUACGUUAAACAAAAGUCAACAAACGUCUUUACUUUUCAUGUGCUCAGUAAGGCUGUUCCAAGAAAGUAUAACACUACCUUUCUUCAUGCCAUGUAAUUAUGUACAAAAGCUUUUUUUGUUUUUUAUUUAUUUUGUUCUGUUCAGAAAUAUAUGAGAGAAGACAUUUGCAAAUGUUUCACUCUUUAAAAAUUUGCUAAUAUAAAAUAUUGUAAUUAUCUUGGGUGAAUAGGAUCACUACAAGUUUAUAAAAACUAUAAAUAUAUAAAUACAUAGAUAUAUAUAUAAAUAUAUAUAAAAAAAAGACCUAGGAUUCACCAUUGAAAUGUUUUAGAUAUGCAGUACUUCUUACAUGCAUGGGGUGUGUUGUAGAUGAAAACAGAUGUGAAGUGCAUUGUUUGAAGUUGCACUCCCAGUGGAAGAUCUUCAAAAGCACCCAUAAUAUAAAAUCCACUGACGGAAAAGGCAUAUACACUGGAGGGGAGGAAAAAGGCUAAUCAAGAAAUAAUAUAAAACAGUCUUAAGCCUAAAUAAUUGACUAUUUCAGUCUGGAGCUUUUAUCAUGACUGCUAUUUGUCUGGAAAGGACAGGCUUACUGUCCUUAGUGUAUCACUAAGAAUCAUUAACAUACGUGCAAAAUUUUAGUUAGUGUUGUUCAAGACGUUUUUCGACGGCUUACAAAAACCCUAUAAAAAUAACAGGAGCUGCUGUCCUCUUCAUUAUUGUUACAAUAUGUACAACUUGAUUUGAAUUUUAAAAAAAGAAUUUAUUUUAGGGUUUUAUUGCCACAAGGCACUUGUUCUCUAAACAUGCGACAGUUGAGAGAACAAUGGAUGGCUGAUUUGCUGGUCACACAGCACCGGUUUUCCUUACCGGAGUUCAUAAUUACAUGCAUAUGCCAGUAACCAUGACAAUACCAAUGAAGAACUGUGUUUAAUUGUACAAUAUACUUAAAAUUUUAUAGUGCAUAAUGUUUGGCAUAUUAUGUAAGUAUUGAGUCUUGAGGUUUUUCUCAAUCCAUUUUUACAUAUUUGCUUAGUGCUAAAGUACUGUUUGAAAGGUUGAUGAUUAAAGAUAUAUUAUUGGUAGCAUUUAUGAAUUCGGCAGAUGCCUUUAUUGCCACUUAUAAGGCAUUAAUAGAAGCAGUGUAGAAUACUGUACAAACGGCAAGUAAAGUCCCCCCUACCCCCAACACAUGUCCUCCAGUGGAUUUUUUAUUUUAUUUUUUUGCUUUGAUUUUUGACAGGACAAUUUAACAUGUCUGCUGUGCAUUAGGGGGCACAUGUGUGACCAUUUCAUUUAGAAUAGCCCAAAGAACAGAAAACCACAUGGAAGCUUUUUUAGAUGAAAAACCACAGACUCAGACCUCAAAACAUUGCAUCCAGUUGGCCUUGAGGACAAUGUUGACAGAACCCAUGAGCAUGCUCAUUUUUGUGAGUGCCUCACCCUCCAGGAAAAAACUCAACAGCGAUAAAAAAUGAAUUAAAUAUUAUAUAUAAAAAGAUUUUCACUACUCAAUCUACACAGUUAAAUAUAUCAUAAAUAAAUCAUCACAGUUGGCUCAAACACAUUGUUUGAAAUCAAACAAUCAGUGCAACCCACAGGUCACUUUUAUUUUUUCCAUCUGAAAUCGAGCAUGUGCUUUUGCUUUUCUUAUAAUGAAGCAGAAUGGAGGAGCCCAAGGGUGUGUCUAUGUACACAGGGGAGUACAAUACCUGAACAGUGGAGCACCAGUGUGGGCAGGUCAGACAGAUUUACAGUGAUGCACCUGUAUUGUGAAAGAUUCAAAUGGUUCUUUUUUUAUCAACCUAAUGUUUAUUUAUGGGAACUGGUUUACAAGGUGUUUUAGUGACGACAAUUUUUUUUCUUGUUUUUUUAAAGAGGAAAAAAGUCUUACAAGUCUGUGUUUGGAUGAUUUGAUGAUAAUAAUGAUGUCAUUCCCAAAUAAAAGAAAGAUUUUCCUUUUUAAAGAAAAA